AUGCCUUUAAAUCUUGUUGCUAGAAAAUCUUUAAGAGAUAAUGAAGAACAUUUAAAUAAAGCUCAUGAAGAAAUCAAAAAUGCUUUAAAUGGUGAAGAAUGGAUUAUCGAGUUUGACUGGGAUACUAUCUUUGAUAAAAUUGAUGAGUUUGCCAAAAAACAAUUAGGAGAAGUAUUUUAUAAAAAUUUAUGUCCAAAUAUUUCAAAAUGUAUUGUUAAUGCAUGCAAAGAUGAAAUUACUAAAGAAAGUAUAAUUAAUGCAAAUUCAGCUAAAAAGAUUGUAUUAAUUGUUAAUGAAGAUCCAAAGAAUACAGUUUAUUGGAAGUAUGAAUUUAAUGGUGGUCAAUUAAAUCUUUUAUUUAAAAAAGGUUGUUGUAAUUUAUCAGAUGCUGCAAAUUUCCAAUUAUAUAAAGUUAUUCCAAGUGAAGGUUCUUAUACAUUAGCAACUCGUCUUAAUUUAAAAAAGAAUCAAGAGAGAUAUGAUGUUGCUUUUGAAAGAAUUAAAGCUGUUACUAAAAGAGAUUGGUCAUUCGAUCAAGAAUCAAUGGAGAGUGUUUAUCCAACCGCUUUUGAAACUGAUAGUUCACGUGAACAAUUUGGUGAUUCAUUUGCAACAGUAUUGGAAAAUUGUGCACAAAAUAUUGAAAAAAGAUGUAAAAAUGAUAUCACUUUGGAAAGUUUUAAUGAAGUAACCGCCAAUGCAAGAUUCAGUUUUAGACAUUGUCCAAAACAAACCACUGGUUAUUGGGUUUGGUCAUUUAGUAAUGGUGAUGUUAUAAUUUCAUUCAAAUCAGUUUGUAAUAUCUCUGAAAAUGCAAAUUUUGAUUUCGUUAAAGUUUUACCAGUUCCAGGUGUAUUCUCUUUAGCCGCUCGUUUAAAUUUGAAAGAAAGUCAAGAGAAAUUCGAUACUGUAUUUGAAAGAAUUAAACAAGUUACAAAUGUGGAUUGGUCAUAUGAUCAAGAAUCAUUAGAACAAGUUUAUCCAAAACUUGAAGAUAGAAAUAAAGAAAGAUUAGGUGAAAUCUUUUCAGAUAUUUUAAAAUACGCCGCUGAUAAUAUUACAAAGAGGUGUAAAAAUGAAAUUACUUUAGAAUCAUUCAUUGAAGCAACUUCAAAUGCUAAGUUUGUAUUCCGUCAUAAUGUAAAGCUUAAUGGAUACUGGGUUUGGUCAUUUGAAAAUGGUGAUUUAGUCAUUACAUUCAAAUCGAUUUGUAAUGUGUCUGAUAAUGCAAAUUUUGAUUUCAUUAAAGUUUUACCAGUUCCAGGUGUUUUCUCUUUAGCAGCUCGUUUAAGUUUAAAAGAAAGUCAAGACAUGUUUAAUAGUGCAUUUGAAAGAAUUAAACAAGUUACUAAAAUGGAUUGGUCAUAUGAUGAACAAUCAUUAGAACAAGUUUAUCCAACACUUGAAGAUAGAAAUAAAGAAAGAAUUGGUGAAAUAUUUGCCGAGGUACUAAAAUACGCUGCUGAUAAUAUCGUUAAACGUUGCACAAAGGAAGAGAUUACUUUAGAAUCAUUCAUUGAAACAACUUCAAAUGCUAAAAUUGUGUUCCGUCAUAAUGCAAAACUUAAUGGAUACUGGAUUUGGUCAUUUGAAAAUGGUGAUUUAGUUAUUACAUUUAAAUCAAUUUGUAACGUUUCUGAUAAUGCAAGUUUUGAUUUCAUUAGUGUUUUACCAUCACCAGGUGUUUUGACAUUGGCUUCAAGAAUUAAUUUAAAAGAAAAUCAAGAGAAAAUUCAAGAAUCAUUUGAAAAAAUUAAACAAGUAUUGGGUAGUGAUUGGAGUUAUGAUGAAUCAUCAAUUGAACAGGUUUAUCCAAAGCUUGAAGUACAUAAUAAACCACGUGUUGGUGAAGUUUUUGCUGAUAUCAUUUGUAAUAUCAGUAAAAAUAUCGUUAAAAGAUGUUCUGAUGAACUUGUAAGAGAAGCAUUCAUUGAAUGUGUUUCAAAUGCUAAAAUAGUUUUCCAAUUCAUUGAAAAACAACCAACAUAUUGGGUUUGGAAAUUUGAAGGUGGUAAUUUAAUUGUAUCAUUCAAAUCAAUUUGUAAUAUUAGUGAUAACUCAAAUUUAGACUUUGAAACACUUCUUUAA